ACAGCAACACGAGCAGACUUGUCACUUGCACAACAUGGCCAGUAAUGGAAUAGAUAGCCCACUCACCGAACUAGUCCUUAAGUUUGGGAAACCUACGUCAUUGGAGGAAGCCAAUACAGAUUCAUUGCCAUCAAACAAGCCUUAUAUUCGGGAGGUUCCGCAUAAAUUGAGAUCGUGCUACAAUAAGGAGGAUUGCAAACGAUAUUUCCAACCAACUUCUGUUGCGAUCGGUCCCCUGAACCAUCAAAGAGAGCCUAACGAACAUAAGAGAAUCCAUAGAGGUGAGGAAUGCAAGCUAAAACUGGCGAAAACGUUCAUUGAGGAAUGUGACGGCAAGGUGGAACAUUUCUACGAGAAUGUCAUGAAGGGGAUAAAGAGCUUGAAGGACUGCUAUUACUUCAAAGGACAGAAUUGGACAGAUCAGGAGUUGGCCUCUAUGUUCGUAGUGGAUGGCUGUGCAUUGUUGCUUUUCAUAGUCCUUUAUGUGGACGAUAAGUGGGAGGGAUUCAGAGUUACUCAUGAUCUAGUUGGGAUUCCGGUGGUUGAUUUUUUCUUACUUGAGAACCAGCUGCCCUACCAACUUCUUAAGAUAUUGAUAGAAUCGUACGUUGAAGCCUCAAAAGAUAUUGAUUUUAAGAGGUUAUUCAAUGAAUACAUCACCGACUUCAUCAAUAAGAGUUUCUUGAGUCUGAUUGCGGCGCACCAACACCGAAUUCAGAUUGAUCAUUCUCAUGAGCAACAAGAAGAAGAAGACCCUGUUCAUCUUCUAGACUUGUUGCGAAGAAGACUGAUGGGAGUCAAAUCGAAAAAGAAGGGCGCCAAGGAACAAGAACGGACUAAAGAAUCUGGUUCGUUGCAUACAGUGCGAAGAAUACUGAUGGGAGUCAAAUCGAAAAAGAAGGGCGCCGAGAACCAAGAACAGACUAACAAAUCUGGUUGGUUGAAAAAAGAAAUGAAAGGUGAUAAAAGCAGACUCUCGUUUUCAAUUCGCAACGUAAAGGAGCUGAAAGACAAUGGUAUUCGUUUUGAGGCGAGGGAAAAGGUAGAUUCCCUCACAAAGAUUAAAUUUAAUGACCGUCGUUGCAUGCCAACCCUUAAGCUGGCUCCCAUUUUUUUGCACAAUACCACCAUGCCAUUGUUGAUGAAUUUGUUGGCGUAUGAGCUGUGGCCGUAUUUCAAAGAAGAUUGCAAGAUCAUCUCGUACUUGUCAUUCCUCGACUCCUUGAUUGAUAAUAGCGAGGAUGUGAAGGAACUGAGAGAUGCAGGCGUGCUGCACCACGGAUUAGGAAGCGAUGAAGCUGUAGCGAAGCUGUUCAACAAGAUCAGCCGCAUCCUGGUGCCAAAUCUUAAGAUGGACUCAGAUUUCAGACGUAUCCAUGAAUACUGCAGCAACAAAUCACACCCCCGCAAUAUAUGUGCCAGCUUCGUGGUUAAACUCACUGACACCUAUUUUAGUAGUCCUUGGAGCUUCUUCAUCUUCCUCGGUGCCUUAGCAGGUCUUAUUAUGACAGGAAUCCAAACUUAUACUAGCUUCCAGGGAUAGCUCCCCUAGUGAGCUUUAAUUACUGUAUAUAUUUUUAGCAUUCUUAAAAUAUGUCUUAGGUUUCAAACUUUCAAUCGGGUUGGUAAAACGUGCUUAAAUCACAAGACUUUGAUCGCAUCUUUGCAGAUUGUUGACCCAAUAGUUUGAACAGGUGCUGAUCAAACACGAAUAUCGUGUAGCAAAUGAUGUGGUUGAUACAUUUAUCAAGUAUGGAGCUCUCAUGGAAACCCUUUUAUCACUUUUGAUUCUAUUCUGUUUUUUUGUUUCUUGAGUUACUCUUAUGAUAAAAAUGAUUGUAUUGU